GUGUGACUGGACAUUGGUGUACACUUUAUGCUGACUUACAGUGCAGGUUGAAAGCAUUACCUUUAAAACCGGUAGCAUAUAUACAGGCAGGAGGAACGAAACACCACAACACAGACAUUCAUCUGUCAGCCAUGCGUGUCAUCAACAUCGGUCCAGACCCGUCUCUGGCAUAUCGGCCAAAUUUGGAGACGGAUAAAACCAAAGAAAAGGAAGACUACAGAAACUUCAAGAGUGGAAGUCUAAUUGACCGUGUGUUCAACACAUACAAGCUGAUGCACACCAAUCAGACGCUGGACUUUGUGAAAAAAAAGCACUCUGUAUGGGCCGGCUGCAACCAUGACCAUAAGAGGAUGAUGGACGCCAUCAUGUCUCUAGACCAGCUGGUGGACGAGUCCGAUCCUGAUGUGGACUUCCCCAAUUCCUUCCACGCCUUCCAGACUGCUGAGGGCAUCCGCCAAGCACACCCAGACAAAGACUGGUUCCAGUUGGUGGGUCUGAUCCAUGAUGUUGGGAAGACAAUGGCUCUUUGGGAUGAACCCCAGUGGGCUGUAGUAGGUGACACCUUCCCAGUGGGCUGCAAGUUUCAAAACUCCAUUGUGUUCAGAGACAAUACCUUUAUGGAUAACCCAGAUGAGAAAACUACCAGCUACAAUACAGAAUACGGGAUCUAUGAAUCAAACUGUGGACUCGACAAAGUCCUCAUGUCCUGGGGCCAUGACGAGUAUCUCUACAGAGUUAUGAAGUUUAACAACUGCUCCAUCCCAGAGCAGGGGUUGUACAUGAUUCGCUUUCAUUCGUUCUACCCCUGGCACUCCCACGGAGACUACAUGCACCUGUGCAAUGACAAAGACCUGCGCAUGCUGCCCUGGGUCCAAGAGUUCAACAAAUUUGACCUGUACACAAAGAGCACCGAGCUCCCCGACGUCGACAAGCUGAAGCCGUACUACCAGUCUCUGAUCGACAAGUACUGUCCUGGAAUACUGAAGUGGUGAAACAAACAACGUUGAAUUCAACUUCAACACUAUAUAAUAGAGGGUGAUUACAUUUGUGGAUAAAUAUAGAAUGAUUUGUCAUGUUGCUCUAUAAUAACACUAAAGCUGGAUUUAGUAUCUCCUGUACACACAUAUUUCUUAUAUGUAUUGAUCUAUACUGACAAUUCAAAUUACAUUUAUACUGUAUAACUCA